AUGUUAUCUUCAGAAGAAAAAAAAAAAGAUGUAUCAUCGCCAUUGGACAAUUUCAACGAUCCUUCUCGCUCGAAUCAAAGGGGUGAGUCACAUGACAGAACCUCGAAUUCCGCUGAACAUGGCGUUGCUCAAUCCGAAAAACAAAAUCAUCUUCAAAGUCAACCUUCAGAUCAUCAAGACAAUGAUGUAACGCAAGAUCAAACAUCCGAGAAGCUCCAGAAAAUCCAAGAGUCGCCCGAAAACGGUGUAACUCGAGAUCAAGCACCAGAAAACGGUGCAACUCAAGUACAACCAUCAGAGAUACCCCAGAUCAUCCAAGAGUCGCCCGAAAACGAUGUAACUCAAGAUCAACCAUCAGAAAACGGUGCAACUCAAGUUCAACCAUCAGAGAAACCCCAGAAAAUCCAAGAGUCGCCCGAAAACGGUGCAACUCAAGAUCAACCAUCAGAAAACGGUGCAAUUCAAGUUCAACCAUCAGAAAAGUUCCACAAAUCCCAAGGUUUGUCGCCCGAAAAUGAAUCUAUUCGAGCAUCAGAGAUACUCCAAAAAAUCCUAGAGUCGCCUGAAAACGGUGCAACUCAAGAUCAACCAUCCGAAAACGGUGCAACUCAAGAUCAACCAUCAGAAAACGCUGCAAUUCAAGUUCAACCAUCAGAAAAGUUCCAAGCUUUAUCGCCCGAAAAUGAAUCUACUCGAGCAUCAGAGAUACUCCAGAAAAUCCAAGAGUCGCCCGAAAACGGUGCAACUCUAGAUCAACCAUCAGAAAACGGUGCAAAUCAAGUUCAACCAUCAAAGAUACCCCAGAAAAUCCAAGAGCCGCCCGAAAACGGUGUAACUCAAGAUCAGCCAUCAGAAAACGGUGCAACUCAAGUUCAAAAAAUCCAAGAGUCGCCUGAAAACGGUGCAACUCGAGAUCAACCAUCAGAAAACGGUGCAACUCAAGUUCAACCAUUCAAAUUCCAAGAUUUGUCGCCCGAAAAUGAAUCAACACAAGCAUCAGAGAAACUCCACAAAUUCCAAGAGUCCGAUGUUACUCAAGAUCAAGAAUUAGAGAAGCUAUAUAAUUAUGAUUUCAGCGAUGAUCAAUCAGAAACGAUCGAAUUUUCAUCGUCCAGCACAGAAUCAACCGAUUCAACGAUCAAUUCUCGUGACGUAAAAUUCGUUGAUAAGUACUGGGAUGAUCUCAACCCUUCUGAA